AUGGGAAAGUCCUCGAAAGAUAAACGCGACGCCUACUACCGACUUGCCAAGGAGCAAGGAUGGCGCGCUCGAAGUGCCUUUAAGCUUCUGCAAUUGGACGAGGAAUUCGACCUGUUCGCCGAUGUCACUCGAGUCGUCGAUCUCUGCGCCGCACCGGGAAGUUGGUCGCAAGUACUAUCCCGCGUACUGAUCAAGGGCGAAAAGUUUGGAAGGGCUGCCUGGCAGGAUAAGGAAGCCAAGUUUCGACAGCAGAUGCUAGGAAUUCUACCCAAGAAUAACGACAACGAGCAAACAACGGAAACCGAGAACAUUCAGGAGGCGAAACAGGAGGCUACGAAGCCUAGAGAAGAUGUCAAGAUCGUGUCGAUCGAUUUGCAACCUAUCUCACCACUUGCGGGUAUUACGACACUCCGGGCCGAUAUUACACAUCCUGCGACAGUCCCUCUCCUGCUUUCAGCCCUCGAUCCUUCUUACGAUCCCAAGAGUGCUGGCACCCAGGCCUCGCACCCGGUUGAUCUCGUUCUGAGCGAUGGAGCUCCUGACGUGACAGGUCUUCAUGACCUCGAUAUCUACGUCCAAUCUCAACUACUCUUCGCCGCCCUGAACCUCGCACUCUGUGUCCUCAAACCCGGCGGCAAGUUCGUCGCUAAGAUCUUCCGCGGAAGAAACGUCGAUGUUCUCUACGCCCAACUUAAGAUCUUCUUUGAGAAGGUCAUCGUCGCCAAGCCCCGUAGCAGUCGCGCAAGCAGUGUGGAAGCUUUCAUCGUAUGCAUCAACUUCCAACCUCCCGCUGGUUUCCGUGCCAGCCUCGAAGAGCCUCUCGGCGUCGGUACACGAUUGGAUGAGAUGCUCAAGAAGAAGGGUGAUGUCGACAUGCAGGAUUCGACGGUAAAGGAUGAAGGUGUCGUGGAAAUGGAGGUUUACGACGAGACAACCGAGGACACGGAGAGAAGCACUCGAUGGGUUGCACCGUUCAUUGCCUGUGGAGAUCUAUCCGCCUUUGACUCCGAUGCAUCAUAUCAGCUCCCUGAGGACUACGUCUCUCUAGAUCCCGUCCAGCCCCCCAUUGCUCCCCCGUACAAACGCGCCAUUGAGACGCGAGCCGCCAUGUCCGGAUCACAGCGCUAA